AUGUUCCUGGUGGGCCUGACAGGGGGCAUCGCUUCGGGCAAGAGCUCCGUGAUCCAGGUGUUCCAGCAGCUGGGUUGUGCGGUGAUCGAUGUGGACGUCAUUGCCCGGCACGUUGUCCAGCCGGGAUACCCCGCCCACCGGCGCAUUGUGGAGGCCUUCGGCACCGAGGUCCUUCUGGAGAACGGUGACAUUGAUCGCAAGGCCCUGGGCGACUUGAUCUUUAACCAGCCCGACCGGCGGCACCUGCUCAACAGCAUCACCCACCCUGAGAUCUGCAAGGAAAUGAUGAAAGAGACCUUCAAGUACUUCCUCCGGGGAUACCGCUACGUGAUUCUGGACAUCCCCCUGCUUUUUGAGACCAAGAAACUGCUCAAGUACAUGAAGCACACGGUGGUGGUAUACUGUGACCGCGACACGCAGCUGGCCCGGCUGAGGCGGCGGAACAGCCUGAGCCGCGAGGACGCGGAGGCCCGGAUCAGGGCCCAGCUGCCCCUGAAAGACAAGGUCCGCAUGGCCCGCCACGUUCUAGACAACUCGGGCGAGUGGAGCGUCACCCAGCGCCAGGUGGUCCUGCUGCACACGGAGCUGGAGCACUCCCUGGAGUAUCUGCCACUGCGGCUCGGGGUCCUCACGGGGCUGGCCGGCAUCGUCGGUCUGCUCUACCUGCUGACCCACUACCUCCUGCCUGCCCCCUAG